AUGUUUUCAAAAUCAUUUAAGCUGAUAUUAUUGUGUUUAACUAUAAUUUUUAAUGAAUGUGCAACUCUAACAACAUCGACAAAUUCAGGAUAUCCACCUUUAUUUGAAUCAACAUUGGAGUACUUGGGAGAGACUUUACAAUGGGAGUCAAAAGAACCCAAGGAUGUGAUCAAUAUUUUCUCGGAAUACGACUUUGUCGUAGUCGGUGCUGGAAGUGCUGGAUCAGUAGUCGCUAGUAGAUUGUCUGAAAUUAAAAAAUGGAAAGUGUUAUUAAUCGAAGCUGGAACAAACGCAAUACAUUUUAUGGACGUACCCAUAACAGCGCAAUUGUUGCAAGCUUCAGAAUACAACUGGAAGUAUAGGACUAUACCGAUGAAUUCUUCUUGUUUAAGUUUCGAAAACCAACGGUGUAAAUUUCCCAGAGGAAAAGUAAUGGGCGGUAGCAGUAUGCUGAAUUACAUGAUAUACACACGUGGUAAUAAAAGGGACUAUGAUAAUUGGGAGAAAAUGGGAAAUACAGGAUGGAACAACGACAACGUGUUGAAGUAUUUUAUGAAAUCGGAAAAUGCAAAUCUAUCUACUACUGAGAUGAAUUACCAUGGGUAUAAUGGAUUGUUGUCGGUGACCGACGUGCCAUAUAGGACGCCCAUAGCGGAUGCUUUUGUGGACGCUGGAUCACAGAUCGGAAUGCCUGUCAUCGACCUGAACGGUGAAAAACAAAUCGGGAUUAAUUAUAUACAGGCUACAAUGAAGAACGGUCGUCGUUUUAGUACAAAUACAGCUUUUUUAUUUCCAGCAAGAAUGAGAUCGAACUUACACGUUAAAAAGCACAGCACUGUAACACGAAUAAUAAUAGAAAAAAGUACAAAAAAAACGAUAGGAGUAGAAUUUGUAUCAAAUCAUAAAAAAUAUAGAGUAUUCGUUCGCAAAGAAGUAAUUGUUUCUGGUGGAUCCAUAAACUCGCCACAGUUACUCAUGUUAUCGGGAAUCGGACCGAAAGAACACUUGAACGAUUUAAAAAUUCCAUUGAUAAAAAACUUGCCAGUUGGGGAAAAUUUGAUGGAUCACGUGGCACUGGGAGGUUUGAGCGCUUUGAUAAAUGAUACUAUUUCAUUGAAAACAGAACGAUUACUGAAGAAUCCGUUACAUAUGCAUGAUUACAUCCAAAACUAUAAUGGUCCGUAUACAAUACCAGGUGCUGCGGAAGCCUUGGCGUUUUUCGAUUUAGACCACCCGAGAUCCGCAGACGGACACCCGAACUUAGAAUUACUAUUAAUUUCGGGUCUAUUUUCGGACAACCAAUACACUCAUAAACUGUUUGGUUUGAAAUCAGAAAUUUAUAAUAAAGUGUACAAGAGAACCGAAAAUAUGGAUGGCUUUACGGUGUUUCCAAUGAUUAUGCGACCGAAAAGUAAAGGCCGAUUGUGGCUAAAAGACGCGAAUCCGUCCCAUUAUCCACUGAUCGAUCCCAAUUACUUUUCUGACGAGACGGACUUGGAUGUGGCCGUAGCCGGAGUACGGAUUUUCCAACAAAUGUUGAAAACCGACGCGAUGCGGAAGCUCAACGCCACGUUAUUCGACACCCCGUUGCCCGCUUGCGAACGACACAAAUUCGACUCGGACGCGUACUGGAAAUGCUCCGCGAGACAGAUAAGUUUUACUAUCUAUCACUUGUCGGGCACUUGCAAAAUGGGACCUGUGGGUGACCCCACGGCCGUGGUCGACCCCAGAUUGCGUGUACACGGCAUAAGCGGAUUGAGAGUCAUCGACGCUUCCGUCAUGCCGGAAAUACCGGCAGCACACAUCAACGCUCCGACGAUUAUGAUCGGCGAAAAGGGCGCGGACAUGAUUAAAGCAAGACUGGGGUAUUAG